AUGGAAGAACAUCAAAGAACAGAAAUUCCAAUUGGAUCUCAGCGAGAACAAGGACAGAAUAAUGAUAUAGAUUAUGAUAGAGUGAGUGUCCAUACUGCAAUGACGGAUUCUACAGAGGAAGAACAGAGAAUUGGGAACAAAGAACCAGUUACAGCGAGUGAAGGAAAUAUGACGAUUGCAGAGCUUAGGCAAAGAUUACUAAUUGAACGAAAGAGAGAAGAAGAAGAGCGUGCGAAUUUAAUCCGUCAAAACGAUGAUUUACGAGAAGAGAAUCUUAGACUACAAGAACAAAGGUCAAGGAGUGCUACACGUUCAAGGUCAAGAUCAAGUAGAAGUUCCUCCACACAAAGUCAAUCUAAUCGAGGAAAUGAUAGGCGAAGGAAACACAUGGAAGUCAUUGAAGAAAACUCGCAAGAAAAUGAAAAUUUGGAGGAUCAAAGGGAAAGGAGACAUAAAGUUGACUUAGCAACUAAUCGGUAUGAACAUCCACGAAAACUUCUUCGUCGCGCACAUAUUAAUUUUGAAAGGGAAGAAGAAGAUCCAAGGCAAGGACAAAUGAUAUUACAUGGCAGAGAAAUAUUAAGAGACGAAUGUGAGCGCGAACGGGAGACUGCACGUACAAGAGAUAGACAGAAAAGAAGGGAAGAAUUAGAAGAGAGAGAAUUACAAAGAGGAUUGCGUCAUUUGAUAAUCGGGUAA